CGUACAUUUUGGCCGUGGUUUGCGACGAUUGAGCGUUUGGAGUCAAUCGGCAAUCCUCGGCUGACUCCGCUACGCUCAGUUCAUUGUGCGAGGUACGAGCCAUUCGAGGAGCUCCGAGUAGGUUAUGAGUACCAAGUUUACCGCUUGCCUAAAGCAUGGAACUUGUUUACGAAAAUAUCAAUAAAAAACUUUAAUGAUGACAAGCACUUUAACCAACAAGGACACUAGUUUAAAAGUUAGUUCAGUGCUGAAUAGAGACAUCAAAAAUUAUGGACCACGACAUAUGGUAGAUGGGGAAGAGGAUACAUGUUGGAAUUCUGAUCAAGGUUCCCCUCAAUGGAUAGAAGUUAAUCUGGAUUCAUUAUCUAAUGUGGAAGAAAUUCAAAUCCAAUUUCAGGGGGGAUUUGCUGGGAAAGAUUGCAGUUUACAGAUGACUGAUGAGAAUAAUGAUAAACACACCAUAAUGGAAUUCUUUCCAGAAGAUGUUAAUUCAUUACAAAGCUUUAAAUUACCACAUGUAACCUCUCUGAAGAAAUUCAAAAUAAUAUUCAACAACAGUACAGACUUUUUUGGUAGAAUAACCAUUUAUCAGUUGAAGGUUCUUGGUAUUCCUAUUUGAUAUGUAUUACUGUAAUAGCUUUUUUUUCUUGUUAUUUGGAAAAAGAAAUUAAAACUACAAAAUACAUCUUUAAUAUACAUUUACUUUCACAUUUGUACCAUAAAACAUCCAUAUCAAAUUUUCAUUGUGACUUCAUAUAAAAAUGAAGUGAGCAUUUAUAUAUAAAUCUGUUUAUAUAUAAUACAUGUAUUGUGAAAAUUUUAUUUAAUUAACAGAUAUGUAAGAGCUUUUUUCUGUUUGAAAUAUAAUAAACUAGUGUAUGUCAA